CAGCUUGCCAGUGACUUUUAUCUUGAUCGCCAAGGACGAGGAUGCGUAAAGCCGGCUGCAGCAAUUGGGGAGAUUGAGAUUGUUCUUUGCUUGGUUGGGUUCAUGAAUUAAUGCCGCCGAUGACUUUUUUGUCUACUAUCUAUCUUCUAGAAUUGAAUUGUUUUGUUCCGGGGAAGAAGAAGAACCUCUCUCGGUUCGGAGCAGAGUGAAGAGAACAAACAAAAUCGGACGAUGUUCUUCAACGAUUUCAUUCAGCGGAGGCUGGCAUCGCUGCUGCAGCCGUGGCUGAGAGACCCAGACCUCGAAUUGAAGCUCGGAUUUUUCCGGUUGAACGGAGCCCUAAGUAGUGUUAGUUUCAACAUUUCCGCGCUGAACGAAUUGCUCGACGACCCGUCAAGAGUUUGUUUCAAGGAAGCGAGUGUGGAGCACAUGAGUCUGCACUUCUCUCCGUUUUCAUCCGCUGCAUUCACUCUCAUUGUUCGUGGCCUAUACGUUGUUCUUGGAUUCGGAGAAGAGGAGGAUGAGAGAGGAGUCAAGUGGAAGAAGAAGCCAAGAGAUACCUCGGUGGAAGAAAGGAACAAGAUUCUCCAAGAGAUUGAUCCUGAGGGUCAUGCAUUACAUGGUGCAAUUAAAAGGAUUUCAGAGAUCACUAAUGGAACAUGGAGAACAUCCUUUGUAAAUACUGUAAUUAGACAUUGCAAGUUGCAGUUGCAUGAUGUACACGUGCUUCUGCAAUCUUCUCAUUUGCCUGAAUCUGUUUCCUGCUCGAUGUACAUGGAAAAAUUCGGUAUUGGAUCACAUGCAAUAGGCCAUAGAGUAUUUGUGAGGGGGUUAAUGCGUAUCUUUUCUGUGCCCCUUGAAGAAAGCUCAUUUGAUGUUGAUGUUAAUGGCUUUGAGAUAAAGUCAAACACUGAAGAUUCCAGUCGCUGCAUUUGUCCUGCAACCAAUGUGUAUGCAUUAGUCAAGUUGAAUCAUCUGCAGUGGCUAAGUUUCUUUCUUCAUUUUCCGUCAUUGGAGUUUUUAUGUUCUCCAGCAGAUCUCUCUGUCUUAUUCUUGUUGUAUGCUCUAUUAUCGAAGGAACAAAAAGUCCGCAGAUCAGGAAAACAGCUGUGGAGUAUAGCGGCAUCUAAAAUUAGUUCGCUAGUUCCCACAUCUAGCACAGCAUUUGUUAAAGUAUUUGCAAUUGCAUGUUUAUGGUUGCGUUAUAUUAAUAUGUAUCGGAGGAUAUUAUUAUUAGUUGGGUACCCAGCAGAUGCAGCAAUGAAAAGAUCAGUUACCUCCAUGUUUAAGAAUGCAGCAUAUUCAAGGUCAGUUAGGACUCAGUGGAAGUUGAUUUCUGGAAUUGAAAAAGGUCUGUCUGCUGAAGCAAUUGCAGUAGCUCGAAGAAUAGUUCGCUCCAGGUUGGAAGCAGGUCCUUCUGACCGAGCUAGUAAUUAUGUUGAGUUGCUCAAUAGAAGACCCUUUUCGAAGAUCUGUCAGCUAAUCAUGUUUAUUUUGAGAAUGAUAGGCACAUUGUUGGUUGCAUUAAUGCGGAUCCUGUUUCUGCACAAAGUUCUACAAACUUUUCAUAAGCGAAGUAAUCCUCAUUUUGUCUAUGGUAAUGAAAAUAACCUUUUAGAGCAAUGUGUCAUCGUGAAAGUUGAGGAAAUUUCUUUAAAUAUUUCUCCAGACAAUAAAUCACUGUCUCCUCUCAGGGGGAAAACAGUUCCAGACUCUAGGAUUCCCUUCCAUGACUCGCUUUCAUUCCAUUUCUCAGUAAAUAGGAUCUUCUUAAGGUACCUAGUAAAUAUAUCUGAACAGUGUUUGACAUUUGCAUCUGGGAAGGUUCAUUCCUUUUCUAGUGCAAAAGCUGUUGCUGGUAGUUACUUUCCGGAACAUUCGAAGAAGAAAGUUGACAUGAUGCAGGUAGUCUUAUGGAGUGAUCCCGCACAGGUUAUUUACUUUCCUGGAGGUUCUGAUGAUGAAGCUACUGAUGCUAAUUCUACUGAUGAUAUUGAGGGGUCUUCCAUCCCUCAGUUAGACAGCCUUUUGGUGAAACUGUGGUUGAAUUGGAACAAUACUUCAAAAUCUGAGGAAGAAAAUAUACCGAAUGUUCAAGAUCCCUGGAUUCUUUAUGAGUCACGGAGCUGUGUGACUGAUCAUGACAUCAGCUAUUCUAGUUACAUGGUUGUUGGUAAAUUGAACAUCAACCUGGAACACAAUUCUUUCACUUCAGCUAUUGUGCUCUUCAGACAAAUGCAGCGUGCUAUGCUCAAGAACACAAAGAGGAAAAAUGUUCUUUCUCAAGAGCCAACAAUGACUGAUGAGGGUCCAGACAUGAGGUAUUGGGGUGAUAAAUUUACCUCUUGUUCUAGAAAAAUUGAAAUGAACAUUGUCAAAAUGCUUCCUGAGAAGCGCGUAGAAAUUGCAGCUCUCAUUGCUGGCCCUCACAUUGUACUAUCUCUGUUAAAUAAUCAGCUUCAUUCUGAAACUAGAAGUUCUCCUCAUCACAUGAAGUUCUCGUUGGAAAGCAGCAACAUUGAGUUUCUGGUAUCACCAACUAUGGAAGAUCAUGCUGGAUUUUCAAGAGAAAGCACUGAAUCUUGUACACGGGAAAUGCAUCUUGGAUUGGAGGAACUUAAAGAAAUUGACAUCCUUAAAUCCGAUAAUGGAGCUUACAGCUGUGAAGGGAGGAUUCCACUCAAUGCAUACCUUAAAGCUUAUGGUUUUAAAGUUUACUUGGAUGAAACCAUUGAGAACCAAAAACUCCAUAUUGCUAUAAUAAAGUCAACAGCUGCACAAGUUAGUUGCAUCAGGAAGUAUUAUCAUUCAUUUAGUUCAUCUGUUGUUGCUGUCUCAGCCGCCUCCCAUUGGAUCGCUACGGGCUUUAACUGUUCAGUGUUUCUGGAGGAGAUGUAUGUUUUGGCAAUGAUAAUUGCUGGAGUGUUUGAUGAGUCACUUGCCUUCACUAUUGAUGGAUCAGGUCGUGAUGUAAAUGAAGGAUUAUCAAGCAAAGAGUGGAGUCCUUUUGAUUAUGAGGGUGGGGAAUCAUCCGUUGCUCUAAGUGAACAGAUAGCUUUUGUGGCAGACCCUCAAGUUUUUCUCAAGUGUGCUUGUGAGCUUAGGUCAUUUGACUUGGUAAUUCAUAAUUCCAGGAGAGAUUAUAGUCUCGCGACAUAUAUGAGCAUUGCAACUACUGGUGGAGAAAUUGGCAGAAAGCUGCCCAUGCAUGACAUCCACAGGAAUGGGAUUUAUGCCACUUUUCAGAAGUUAAUAAUGGAAUUUACUUUUGAUGGGCAUAAUGUGGAUAGUACUGUUGCAACAACCGAAGUUCGAUAUGUUAUUUUUCGAUAUUUGGAUGAGUUUGAUGAAACUGUCAAUAAAUCUGAACUGAAACAUAUAUUAUCCUCUUUAAAUUUCUUGACUGAAGCAUCACUUCAUCAUGGGAAAGUGUGUUUCUUCUUGAGAAACUCUGAGAAAGCCUUACAGUUAGUAAACUUACAUACUGCAGCUGAAGAAUCUGGUUCUAGUGUGUCUUCAUCUCAUACCUGGGGUGCUUCUUCGUCGACAGUGAAUACUGAAAGGCCAGGGGAGCAUUGGUUCUCUGCAGAAAUUCUCUUUUCUGAAGUUUAUCUAGGUGAAUCUGAAGUGAAAGAUAUUUUGAUCAAUGACCUUGUGGAAUCUAAUGCAUCUAUAUCUAUUGGUGGUGAAAUUAAAGCAAUCUCCUGCGAAUGCAAGGGUGCUUCCUUUUUACUUGAGGCAACUGCUGCAAUGAUGCUUGUUGAAUGCUUUACUUUUUACCAUAAAAGGAUCUCAGAAAUUUACUCUUCUAGUGUUGUUCAGUUUGUCAGUGAUACAACUUCUUCACUUGGUCAAUCUAGUGUUAAUAUGCAACUAGUCCAACAAGGAAAAAUUACAUGGCCUUCUCUUGAAGCAUUUUGCAUGAAAGUCCUGCAUUUCUCUCUUAUACUUGUGGAGCGAGACGAAUCUGGCAAACUCCAGAAACUUCUAUUUGAGGUUGACUCAUUUACCAGUCUUGAACUCUCAACUACUGUGAGAAAAAUUUCAGCCAGCAUUUCCAGGUUUUCAAUACUUUCUCAAUUCAUGCAUGGGAGCUCAGGAGAGAUAGAUGUGGCUGGUGCUAGUGGCACAAGUUCCUCUGUCUCACAGAAGAUUUCUCAUGUUGAUAUUUCCAUCAGCAACCCAGGAGAAAAAGACUUGAAUGCAAGUCCUCAGAAGUACAUUCUGAAAGAUUUGCAGUGUUCCAUUGCUGUUGAUGGACCUGUGACAAGAGAUCAGAUCAGUCGUGCAUGCUCAAAUCAGAUUUGGGUUGGGAAUGGUUCUAUAUUGGGCUUUGAUAUGACUCUCUCUCUCUGUGAAAUAAAGAUGCUGCUUACUGCUUUUGAAAUAUUCUCUAAUAUCCGCAUAAAAGAGGGACCUUCUCUGAUAGAAUCCAGGCAAUUGCCUUAUAACCAUGCAGAAGGAAGCAUAGAAAGAUUCAUUCCUGAUGGAACAAUUGUUGCAAUCCAAGAUGUUGACCAACACAUGUAUGUGGCUGUUAGAGGUUCAGAGGGGGGAUAUGAUAUUGGUGGGGCAAAUCAUUAUUCACUAGGGGGAGAGCAGGCUCUUUUUAGAGUAAAGUAUCACAAGCCAAGAAGAUGGAAGCCAGGUAAACCUGUUUUUUCUCUAAUGUCUUUGUAUGCUAAAGAUAACUCUGGGGAACCAUUGCGAUUGAGUUGUCACCAAAGGUCAAGAUUCGUGGAUGUAUCUAGUUCUAAAGAUAGUGAGCAUGCACUUUGGAGAGCUCUUCCUUUUAACCCUGGUGUCCAUGAAGAUGCUAUUGAGCUGGAAUCUUCUGCUACUUUAUCUAAUAAAACCUUUCACCUUGUGAAUAAGAAAAACGACUAUGCAGUGGCCUUUGUUGAUGGCACUCUAGAAUUUGUCAACAAGCCUGGAAAUGUUUUUAAAUGGAAGGUGUUUGAUGACGAUGUUUCAUUGAAUGACAAUGUAUUGGAGGAGCCAUCCAUCCCCACCAUUAGACCAAGGGGAAUUUGUACGUCCUCAGAGGAUGAAACUAGAGAGUUGAAGACAAAUGGGAACCUUUUGGGAAUCAUAGUUACAUUAGACAAGGUUAUCUUGACAGUUGUCCAUGAGAUAUCAGAUACUCAAGAAAAAUUCCCACUUCUUCAGGCAUCAAUUAUACCCAGUCAAACUGUAAUACAGAUACUUGAUUCUAAAGUCAGAGUUAUGAACACAACUGAAACCACAUUGUAUUAUUUUGAAGCCCAGCAAAACUCAUGGAAAGAAUUGAUUCAACCUUUUGAAGUCUCCACUUUCUUCUCUCAUAAAUUUCUUGUUAAGGCUACAGAAAAUCUCUCUAACACAGCUACAAAUCAUUUCCAUGCUAGAGUUAAAGAGGUGACUCUAUUACUGAGUGAACUUUCAGUAGAUAUCUUUCUGUUUGUGAUUGGGAAGUUGGAUUUGGCUGGCCCCUAUGCUGUAAACAAUGCUCGUGUUUUGGCAAAUUGUUGCAAGAUUGAAAACAAAUCUGGCUUGACCCUUGUUUGCCAGUUCUAUGAUAAUCAAGAUGCAUUGAUUUCUGCAAGACAAUCAACUUCCACGUUCUUAAGGCACCUAGCUUUGGACAAUCAACCACCAGAGGCUUCUUUCUUUUCAAUACAACUUGUCCGCCAAGAAUUUUCAACUUCUCCGAUCCGUUUAUCACUUUUAGAAGCUCAACAAUUUGCUUGGAGAACACGCAUUGUGUCAAGGCAAGACUCAAAAUUGUUUCCUGGUCCAAUUGUUGUUGUGGACAUUUCAAAGGGGAUUGAGGAUGGCUUGUCAAUUAAUGUCUCUCCCCUGCUGAAGAUAUAUAAUGAAACUGAUUUCUCGAUGGAGCUGCAUUUUCAAAGAUCUCAGCAUGAUGAAACUGAGUCUGCUUCCCUGAUAUUGAGAGCUGGAGAAAUUAUAGAUGAUGGUGUGACAGCAUUUACUGCUAUUGACUUAUCCGGUGGUUCAAGAAAGGCAUUAACUUCUUUAAGUGUUGGGAAUUAUGUAUUCUCGUUCAGGCCCAACAUUGCAGAGAAGUUGGAAACACUUAAAAACACAUUAGUAGAGUGGUCAGAUGAUCUAAAAGGUGGAAAACCUGUUCGCCUAUCUGGGCUAUUUGACAAAUUGAGUUACCAAGUGCGAAAGGCAUUGUCUCGCAGCCCAGUAAAAAUCUCACUGAGCAGUGCAAGUUGUGCUGUCAAAUCUGAAGAAGGCUUCAUUGGUAACAUACAUUUCUUGAUACAGACUGUUAGAAAGGAUGUACCUGUUGUAAAUCCUGAUAAGUUUGGGUAUGCAUCCGGUAAUAGAAAUUCACCAGUUGCAAUGCAAGAACAGAAGGAAAUAUUUCUUCUUCCUACGAUUGAGGUUUCAAAUUUAUUACACACGGAUAUACAUGUCAGUUUGACUGAUAAGGAUCCAUAUGGCAACACCCCGGACGGUCAUAGUUUGUGGAAUCAAGCAACAAUUUCAUAUGGAUCAGCUGCCAAAUUUUAUGCUAACCCUGCUGCCAUUUUUUUUGUUGUUACUUUAACUUCUUACGGUUCAAGAUGUAAACCCAUCAAUAGCAGUGACUGGGUCAGAAAAUUACAGAAACAAAAAGAUGAUGUCUCUCAUUUGGACAUUGAGUUGGAUUUUGAUGGUGGGAAGUAUUUUGCUCUACUUAGAUUGUCUCGUGGGCCCCAGGGCACAUUAGAGGCUGGUGUAUUCACACCAUAUUCCUUGCGGAAUGAUAUAAACGAGCCAUUAUUUUGCAUUCCUGCAAACCAAAAGCCUUUACCUAGGAUUGACUUGGAGAGACUUGGUGCUGAUAUUCCUUUGGAGUCAGGAUCAUAUUUUCCUGCUAAUUCCACAAUUUCCUGGUUUCUUAAAUGCCACAAGUUGUGCUUCAAACUCUUGGUGGAAAAAGAACUUGAGGCACAGUUGGACUUGGAUGCAUUAUCUGGUCUAACAGAGAUAGACCUGAAAUCGGAAGAAUUGUAUGGAUUGAAAAGUAUUAUGAGGCUAGGCGUGUCUUUAAGGCCAGCGUUGACUGGAAAGGUCUCAUCACAUGUGGUUUCUCUGAAUCCGAGAUAUGUUAUACACAAUGAAUCAGAAGGUGUCAUUGCCAUUCGGCAAUGCUAUAUGGAGGGGAUGGAAGAGUUGAUCACUAUCAACAGCAAACAGAGGACAACUUUGAGGCUAAAUUCUAUUUUACCAAAGAAGAAAGAAACCAACAUUAUUGAAAAUCUUCUCAGAAAGCAUACCAAACCUCAAAAUGACCCAUCCUUCUUCAUUCAGUUUCGUCCAUGUGGGACCACAUUUGGAUGGUCAGGCCCAGUAUGUGUGGCUUCACUGGGACGAUUUUUCCUGAGAUUUAGAAAAUCCUUGGAAUUACCUGAAAGUCAAUCUGAUGGCAAGUCUAAAGAUCAUUCAGGUGAAUUUGCUGCUGUUCAUGCAGUGGAAGAAGGAUCUGCUAUUGUUUUGCAAUUCCACCGACCACCUGUCACCAACCUCCCGUACAGGAUAGAGAACGGAUUACAUCAUUCUCCUAUAACUUAUUAUCAAAAGGGUUCUGUAUCUGAAGAGACGUUAGGAGCAGGGGAUAGUGCUCUUUAUGCCUGGGAUGACUUGACCCUUCCACACAAACUAGUUGUCCUACUUGAUGUGCAUCUAUGGCGUGAGAUAAACUUAGAUAAGGUGCGGUCAUGGAAACCAUUUUAUAGUAACAAGCAAGCCAGAGAUCUGGGAAUUCAUUUACCUCUGGAGAAGAAACCUGAAGGACAGAAACGAACUACUUACAGUAGAUUAUUUGGUUCAGUGACUGUAAAGGUGGGAUUUGAAGUAUAUGCAGAUGGUGUCACGCGAGUUUUGAGGAUUUGUGAGUUAUCUGAUUGUCAUAAGGAAAAUAAGGUUUUUUCUGGCUCACAUACAAAGUUGCGGCUGAGAAUCUCUUAUUUCUCUGUCCACUUACUGGAGCAUGCCAAGCAGGAGGUUGUUCAAGAAGAGCCAUUUGAGUAUGCACCGAUAAUUAUUACAAGGCUUGAAAGAAUUAACUGGGAUGCUAUAUUCAAUGACCAGCAAAAAUAUAACCAAAUCAGGGUGCAGUCACUGAGCAUGGAUGAAAAGUGGGUUGGAGCUCCUUUUGCAACGAUGCUUCGUAGGCAUCAAUUAGAAAAGUCCGAUGCAAAUGAUUACAUCCUUCAUGUUGCUGUUAUUUUGCUUCCAACUGUUUCUUCUGUCAAACAAGUCAAGUAUCUUUCUAUUGUUCUGCAGCCUCUUGACUUGAACCUUGACGAGGAGACACUAAUGAAAAUUGUUCCAUUUUGGAGAAGCUCUCUCAGUAAUUCAAGUACUCCGCGUCAACAGUACUAUUUUGAUCAUUUUGAGAUCCACCCUAUAAAGAUUGUGGCGAGCUUCCUUCCUGGGGAUGCACAUUACAGAUAUAGUUCAACUCAGGAGACUCUGAGAUCACUGCUUCAUAGUGUAAUUAAGAUGCCUGCAAUUAAGAAAAAGACUGUCGAGCUCAACGGAGUCCUCGUAACACAUGCCCUGAUAACCAUACGUGAAUUGACUAUAAAAUGCGCACAACACUAUUCCUGGUAUUCCAUGAGAGCAGUCUAUAUUGCAAAAGGAAGUCCAUUGCUUCCGCCUGGUUUUGCAUCGAUAUUUGAUGAUCUUGCUUCAUCAUCGCUAGAUGUCUUUUUCGACCCUUCAAAUGGCUUGCUUAACAUUCCUGGUGUCACAUUAGGCACCCUCAAGCUCAUCAGUAAAUUCAUCGACAACAAAGGCUUUUCUGGAACAAAGCGGUACUUUGGUGAUAUGGGAAAAACGUUGAAAACAGCAGGGUCGAAUAUGCUGUUUGCUGCUGUCACCGAAAUAUCAGACUCUGUUCUUAGAGGAGCCGAGACAAGUGGUUUCACGGGAAUGGUGAAUGGCUUUCACCAAGGGAUUCUAAAGUUAGCUAUGGAACCAUCAGUUCUCAGUAAUGCUUUCAUGGAAGGUGGCCCAGAUCGGAAAAUUAAGCUCGACAGAAGCCCCGGGGUUGAUGAGCUAUAUAUCGAGGGUUACCUGCAAGCAAUGCUUGAUACAAUGUACAAACAAGAAUAUCUUAGGGUGAGAGUCGUGGAAAACCAGGUUAUCCUCAAGAACCUUCCUCCGAGCAGUUCUCUCAUCAAUGAAAUAAUGGAAAACGUAAAGGGCUUCCUCGCAAGCAAAGCUUUGUUGAAAGGGGAACCUACGACUGGUCAGUCCCUCCGACUCAUCCGAGGAGAAAGAGAAUGGCGACUUGGGCCUACACUACUGACGCUAUGCGAGCACUUAUUUGUGAGUUUCAUAAUUCGUGUGCUUCGCAAGCAGUCGGGAAAGGUUGUGGCGAAAAUCAAGUGGAAGGAGAAAGCUAAGGGGGACGAAGAUGACACUGCCGGAGAUGAUGGCGCCGGGGGGCCAAUGGUAGGCGGGUUUGUGUGGAAAUGGGGGAUCGGGAAGUUUAUCCUGUCGGGUAUAGUCGCCUACAUCGACGGAUAUUUGUGUCGGAACAUCCCUCAUCCGUUAGCACGAAGGAUUGUCAGUGGAUAUUUGCUAAGUUUUCUUGAUCAAAACAACGAAUCCAAGUAAGAUUACACUUGGUUGUUGUAGUUAGUUUUUCUAAGAUGUGUAUAGUGUUGAAGUUCCCUCUUUUAGUUGUUAGCUUAGAAAUUGUGCAAGAGGAGGCUUGGUUAUAACAGUAAAUGGUUGGUAAUAAGGCCUCUGGUUUGAUGUCCCAAAACCGGGUGCAGCACACUGGUUUUGAUGAUCACCAAUAUAUUGGGGCAUUUAAUGUGAUAUGUUAGAUCAAAGAAGAUGGAAAUAGAAGCUCACAUGGGCAUGGAAGUAAAUCAGAAGUCGUGUCUACCUGUUUGCCAAUUAAACUGUGGGAACUCGGACCUGCUAUAUUCGGGUCGAGUCCUUGUAGUUACAAAUGAAUUUAUUUUAGAUUAUUCAUUUUAAUGAAAUAUUUAUGUUUUUUUUUUA